GGAAGGGAUAAAAAAAUUAGGUACAUUAACUUCACUAUCGUUUCAUUUUUGUUUACUAAAAACAAUGACAAAACUUCAAAAACUUUACAUAAAAUCUUAUUUAAGGUCGAGCUGGCUAAGAAUGUUCUAAGCUAAUUUGCGUGUCUUAAUAAUGCGGUGAACACAAUGGCUCAGCAAGGGCAUAAAAAUGUUUGUAGAGUUUGUUUGAGAACUGAUCUAUUCGAAGACCAAAAAGGUUUGUCUCUCUUCCAAACAUACAGAGAUUCUCUCAUCUCAGAACACAUAAACACAAUAACCACCGUAGGUAUCAAGCAAAACGAUGGUUUACCUGAGAAAAUUUGUCCGGAAUGUUUACUGGAACUGGAUACUGUCAUCAAUUUUAAACGAAAAUGUGAAACUUCGAAUUUACUUUUGUUACACACAAAUAAUAUUAAUGAAGAAAAUAAUGAUGUGAAAGGAGAAUUGGACGCCGAUGAUGUGAAAUUAGAAUUGAAAACUGAAGAUUUGAAGAAUGGGGAAUGCGAAGAAGAAUGCUUAGACACAGAAUAUUUAGACGAAAGUUUUGAUAAUACUUGUAUUGAAGUCGACAUUCCACCAAAGCCAAGUAAAUCAAUAGAUUUAAAAUUAAUAUGCCACGAUUGUGGCGGUUCCUUUCGAACGAAGUGUAAAUUACGUGUGCAUUGGAAGAAAGUCCAUCUAUAUGAAGCACUGAUAUGUCAAAUUUGUAAACGCACAUUCAAAAGUUACAAAGCAUUAAAUCGUCAUGUCAAAGCUAAAUUGAAAUCAUGCUUGGCGACGAAAAAUGUAACUGUACAAGGAACAGGUAAAUCAAGACUGUUCUUAUGCAAAGAAUGCCCAUACAGUUCACGGAGAUUCAAAGAUGUAAAUUGUCAUUACCUAACACACAGUGGUGAGAGACCAGUUAAGUGUCGUUUGUGUGACAAGAAGUACACUCAAUUAAGUUCCAUGGAAGGCCACAUGGAAAACGCUCAUGGGAUUUACAAAGUAGAAAUAACAUGUCAGUAUUGCGGUAAAAUAGUGCGGGGACGAAACAGAGUGUAUAAGCAUUUGCAAAGGCACACUGCCCAAAAAUGUCAGUGCGAUAUUUGCAAAAAGAUGUUUAGGUCCAAGAAGAGUUUAAUAAUGCAUAUGGUUCGCCACACCGGAGUAAAGUCGUACACCUGCGAGAAAUGUGCUAUAUCUUUCUUCACUUUAUCUGAAUUGUGUAACCACAAACGCCAUAAACACAGUUUAAAGCAAAAUUGGUACAAAUGUAAAUUAUGUGAUUAUCGAUCUCACAGCAUCGGAGUGGUAAACAAACACCAAGUAAAACACUCGGGCUUAAAUAUUUACUGCAGUAUAUGCCGAAGGUUUUUUGAUAAUACUCUUCCAUUAGCACAGCAUGUCCUGAAGCAUACAGAAACAGAGAAGAAAUUUCAUUGCCUAUUUUGUGAUAAAAAAUAUUUCAAGAAGGACUCUCUUUCUAAACACAUGAAGAUCAAACACAAAGAACUGUUACCUCAUAAACCGGUUUUAGUCAAAAAUGAAUUGAAUAAAGAUGAUGGGACUUCAACCAAAAUUAAAGAGAAAUAGAAAUAUGUUUACCUGGCAGCAUUGAACCACCUGGUUUUAGUCCAGGUAUGUAACCUCACCUUUCUGGAGAGGAGCCCAUGACAUGCCUUAAGGACUAUGAUCUCAGAUUGGGUGAGUCAGGUUACUCAUAUAUCCGCGGCAGCCUUUAUGUCUGUGACGUAGCUGACAAAAUGCAGGAGAGCCACCUACGGCAGACUACUUGGGGAACAGAUGUCGGGUCAAGCCUCUACCGCCGGGCCCAGGUAAAAGGGGCAGACCGAAAAGAUCAUGGCUGGACGUCGCAAAAGAUGAAAUUCGGUUUUCAGCGUCCUCGGAUUUCAGUCCAUUGGCUCGAAUUGAAACCGAAUCAAGUGGAGUGAGAAAAGUCGGAAGGCGAACCCCGGGCCCCGAAACACUCAUGUGGAGGGUGCAACCGGGAUCCCCCAAAGAUGAAAGUGAGAUAUAUUUAUGCGACGGGACUCACAUCUGAUCACCGCAACCUUUGCAGGGAAACAUGUAUUGUUUCAUGAUAAAGUUGCUUGAAUGUGCAGAUUUCUUCACGAUAUUUUGCCUCACCGUAAGAGCAUCGGUUAGCAUUCAAAUAAUGCGUAAUGAUGCUGUCAUUCCGAGAUAUACCUAUUUAUUUUGAUCGUAAUUUAUAAGAUUUAUUGACUCUGUCUUCCAAUUUAUGAGAUAAAGAUGUGAUAUAUGUAUGUAUUUGAUGUUUAAUUGAUAUAUGUUUCCUCAUCACACACACACGCUUCUCGCAUAUUUACCCCUUGUGUGGUAGACAGAGCCAAUAGUCACAGCAGAUGACAGGUUGCUAGCCAAUUGCCUGAACGAAGAGACCCUUUCCUUGAUUGACUUUACAGUCGCAAUGAGAAGAGAACAGUAGAUUCUGUAGUACAUGGAAGUGUAGGUAAAAUUUUCAUUGAAAAUUGUGCAAUAUCGUGCAAUAU